AUGUACGACAUUGAACUGCAUCGGCCCUUAAAGCAAAUUUAUUUGUCCGAAAAAUACAACGGGAUUAAUGAGCUGACGACACUACUCCAUGGAUACGUGAACUCGGUGGGAACUACUUCCACUACCCCUCGUCUUGUUUUCGUCCUUGCUUCUUUUCCUAGUCUGCAAGUCAAAGGCAUUGGCCGGGAUGCGCUUCUGAUUAUGGCGCUCGAUUUUCCUGAUGAUAGCGAUAUCAUUUACAACGAAAAGUACUCAUUCGAAGCUUCAAGACCAACUUUCUUCACUGAUACAUUGCACACAAAUGGUGUUCUGUACGUUCAGGAUUAUGCUGUCUCUCAAGAAGAAAAGUCAUUCCUUCAUAGGAUUCUUUGGAGGUGUAACAACUCUACUGUUUUGUCCUGCUAUCUUCAAGAUGUGCACAGUGGCGUUAUUACAUCCGUUGCAGAAUCCAAAGCGGAAAUGGAUAGCACAAGUCUUUUUACAAGAGUAACUGACCGGAACGAUGCAUCAAUAAUUCGAAGGAUUUGGGAUUCAGGCAGAUAUGACUCAAGCAUGAUACUAUGCGCUAUUCACCUCUUUUGCAAGAGCCUUAGCGUGGGCACUAUCGAUCUUCUGAGGCCCAACCUACGGAGUACAUUUUGUAGUGCCAUCGCUUCUGUCAGUAUUUCAGCUGGAAUCUCGAGUACAUCUCUCUGGAAUAAGUUUUUCCUCAUUUGUGAGGAACUCCGCAAGAAUAGCCAGGAGCCCCUCUCGUUCAAUGUCAUGCCCAGACGGGGUAUCAUGGUUCAAGCUAACGGUAUUGGAAUUUUUCGAGACCUGCACUUCUUGGAGGACAUCUCCUUCCAUCCUGCAAGCGGCAGCUUGACAGGUAUUUUCAAAAUUCUUAGAGUUAAAGUAUCUUCCUCGGCUGCUAGCCUGCUCAAAAAGUUUAUGGAAACGAUCCAGUUUUUUGAUGAGGACAGCAUAUCCAAGAAAGCGCAAGAGUUGCUUAAUGGAAAAUUUAAUGAUUAUGAAGUUGGAAUGCUUAUCGAGAAACUUGAUGAUACUGUGCUUAAUUUGAUAAGGGACGUCACAAAAGUACCCGAUAUCAAUCCCCCAUCGUUCCUGAUGUCAACGGUUCUCGAGUAG